AUGAGUUCUCAACAGAAGAAUUUGAGCUCUGCCUUAUGCUGUCUUGAAUGCACUUACUUGGGAAUUGCGAGAACUGCUUUCCCAGCUCCUGAGAAGAGCCUAGGGCAAAAGCUGGAAGAAAACUUAACCCCUGUGCUACUGAAACCAAACACAGUAAGCUUCAAGAGAUCCAGCCUGGGAUUUGCUGGUGGUGACAAAAUUGUAUUUGUUGUACUACAACAUGACUUUGAAAAAUCAGGAGAAAGCAAAAAUGUCUCAUCAGAACAAGAACCCACUACUAGUAAAGAUGACCAAGACAGCACUCCUGUGAAACCCUGUUACCUCAAUAUCUUGGAAAACGAGCAGCCUUUAAAUAGCGCUGUCCAGAAGGACUCUCUCACUACCAUUGAUUCAUCUAAACAGCCUAACCCUUUGCCUUUACCUUUAACUGAAACUGAAACCUUGGUGCCUACAGUCAAAGAAGUUAAAUCUGCUCAGGAAACUCCUGAGAGCUCUCUGGCUGGAAGUCCUGAUACUGAAUCUCCGGUGUUAGUGAAUGACUAUGAAGCAGAAUCUGGUAACAUAAGUCAAAAAUCUGAUGAAGAAGACUUUGUGAAAGUUGAAGAUUUACCACUUAAACUGACAAUACAUUCAGAGGCAGAUCUAAGAAAGAAAAUGGUAGAAGAAGAACAGAAAAACCAUUUAUCUGGUGAAAUACUAUGUGAAAUGCAGGUUGAAGAAUUAGCUGGGAAUUCUCAGACACUAAAGGAACCUGAAACAGUGGGAGCCCAAAGUGUACGAGAUGUCUUCAGAGGCUCAUCUAACUCGCUUUACAUAGUCAAUGCAUAUAUGAACAUGGCACUAAAUAAACAUCUGUUUUGAUCUGUAUAAAAAUGUAAAUUAGUUUGAC